AAAGCCACGAAAUCUUUAUUAUGCAUGGUAAGGUGCCGUGCCGUGACCAUAUACCGAAAAACUAUAACUUUUCUAUAACCGUGCUUUAAUUGCACAGCUAUUUUAUUAAAUACUAUCCCUUUCUGCCUAUUUGGGAGGACCCCGAUCGUCCCCAAACUGACUUGGGAUGAACCCUGAGAGAUGGUGACGUCAGAAGCUAUACAGAUUCGCAAUAGCUUCCAAACAGGCCAAAGACUAGGUUCAGUAUCAAAAUCUUGAUUUGUUUCAAAUAUAAUGCUUCUCCAUUGGAUAUUUGAAACCGUCGUUCUUCAACUUUUAUAUUGCGGUGCUGUUUAUACUACCUCAUGGCAUAAAGCGAAACUAGUAUCACAUCAACAAGUUUCGUUGUAUCAUUAAUUCCCUUUGGGGUCCCAUCUAUUAUCUAUUCGAAGCCGGCUCAAUUUCAAGAAGCCGCAACUUUUAAUUAGAUUCAAGAUGGUUUCUCUUUGGAAUACAAGGUCCGGCGGUGACCGUGUCGAGUCGCCUCGCGGCGGCCACAAUGAAGAUAAUGAAGGUGCACCUCGCAUUGUCGUCGAGCGCGAGCCUGAUGAGCAUACCCGUUUGUUGCCGCAGCCGUCGACUCGGGAUGGGUAUUUGAGCCCAGAUGACCCUGCUGUCUCACCAUACAACCUCUGGAGCGUGCGGUUUAUGCGCUACUUCUCUAUACUGUUCUUGUUCAUAACCUUCUUCUGGUGGGUUAUCCUACUCGUCAGCAUCUUCGUCAGUCCGCCGGGUUUGCACAACCGCGGUUCCGGUUUCUUCGACUUCUCAUAUACGAGCCUAUCGCUGGCAAACCUGAUUAUCGUCCUCCUAUUCUUCUCGACCCCUUCAAAGGCAGCUCAGGUCACCGUCCUUGUAACCUCCGUUCUCCUUCUCUUCGACAUGAUCAUGAUCCUUGCCGUGCCUCGCCUCCGCGUCGAGGAAGGCUGGGUUGGCAUCGCUAGUGUUGUCUGGGCCCUCCUCAUCGGCAUCUGGGUCGUCAUCACAGACCGGGUCGUGGCAUAUGGCAAGGAAGAAGAAGAAGAACGUCUCACAGGGCGCGCAGAGACCCGCCGCACCCUCCGCGAGUGGGUAGAGAUUCUAGCAUCCGAAAUCGUUCUCAUCGCCGUCGGCCUUGCUGUUCUUCUCCUUUCCGCGACUCUCAUCCUCCGCAGCCGUGACUCCUCUCUCGCACCACAGGGAGAGCGCUACUACGUCGACGGCGACAAAUACCAAAUCCACCUCUACUGUAAUGGCAAAGAGACCGACAAGUCAGACAACAAGGUUCCAACCGUACUCUUCGAAGCCGGCGAACGCCCAUUCGGACUAUCCCUCCAGGCCUUUGCCGACAACGCCAUCGCCAACGGCACCAUAUCCCGCUACUGCUACGCCGACCGCCCCGGCUUCGGCUGGUCCGACAACGCGCCCUCGCCUUUCUCCGCCGGCAUGGCUGCUGACGUUCUCUCCGAAGCUCUCGCGCGCGCAGGCGAGGAGGGACCGUGGGUUCUAGCCAGCGCAGGCGUGGGAAGCGUGUACUCGCGGAUAUUUUCCGCCCGCCACGGCAAAGACGUCAUGGGACUCCUGCUCAUCGACCCACUCCACGAAGACCUCCUCUACCGCCUCGCCUCGCCGCACCGGGGCUUCUUCCUCUGGCUGCGCGGCAUCCUCUCCCCUCUUGGUAUUGACCGUCUCUCCGGCGCGAUCUUCCGUGGCCGUAGUCGCGAGGACAGGGUGUACGGGUGGUCCGCGUACCAGGGCGGGAAGUUCAUCAAGGCGAAGCUGCAGGAGUCGCUUGUGGCGGAUAGCUUGACGAGGAAUGAGGUUACGAUUUCGCGUGCUAUUCAGGAGGAGGAUACGCCAUUGGCGAUUGUGAGCUCCGGAAUUGAGUUGAAGAGGGAUAGUGUGUGGGAGGAGAAGCAGAGGGAUUUGACUCAUUUGACGAGGCAGUUGGUGGGGUGGGAUAUUGUGAAUAAGGCACCGCAUGAGGUGUGGGAGACGCUUGAGGGGAGGGAGAAGAUUGAGAAGAGGUUGGGCGAGCUGGUGAGGGUGUAAAAGGAAGGUGGAAAUUGUAUAGGAAAGCUGUGGUUGGUGGUGUUGGAGGCUGUUUGAUAUGGCAACAUUUUGUUCUAUUUCCCGUAAUCUGUGCAACUACAACCCUAGGAUAUGGAGUUUUUUGGUUAUAUUUUGAUAAUAAGGGAU